AUGCGCCCUCCAUCCCUCUCCUCCGCCUUCGCAGUCGCCUUAACCCUCCCGCUCUCCGCACUCGCCUCCGCCGCACACCCACACGGAGGCUCGCACCACCUCCCCUCCCAUCCGCAACAACACGGUUCGCGCGGUGUCUUUGCGCGCGACGCGAGAGCCGAGUCGGUCCUGGUUGAUCGGGCGGCAGAGUGGGUUGAUGAGCGGGCUGUCGAGUUUGAGCCGCCUGCUGGGACGAGCGGGGAAGGGUACCGAGCGGUCGUUGGGAGCUGGACGGCAGAUGACGACUUGUGGGUCUCGGAAGGGCGGUAUGCGGAUUCGGAGGCGUUGGCGGAGAGGGACUUGACGCAGGACGAGCAGCGCGACCAGAUCAACAACAAGGUUGCCGCGGCGGAUCUGGCAAACAAGCUGCUCAUCAACCCCAAGUGGAUCGCGCUGAAUCCAAAGUGGAAACCGACGAACGGGACGUCGACGGCGGCGAAACCUUCCACCGCCCCGCCCUCGCCUGCGAUUUCUGCGUCAAAAACCGCAUCAGCAGCAACAACAACCAAGUCCACAGUCGGAGGGAGCCUCGUCCUCCCCGCUCCUCCAGCCUCGACCUGCGCGACUCCCUACUACGGCGUCGCAGGGACAUCAGCCGUCUACGGCCCGGGACUGGGAGACUUCCCCAUGCUCCCUCGGCCAUCGACGUUCGUAAAGCGGAGCGGGAACAAACUCGUGUUGGAUGGCGAGACGUACAGGAUUGUCGGGCCGAACAUCUACUGGCUCGGCCUCGACGAGAACGUCUACCCCAGCCCCUCCUACCCCUCGCACGGCCGCAUCCGCGAAGCGAUGGCCAUCACUGUCGCGCUGGGCGGCAACACGAUCCGGUCGCAUACCCUCGGUAUCAGUUACUCGCUUUGGCCGAGUGCGUGGAAGACGAACAACAAGGCCUUCGAUACGAUUGACUACUCGAUCUGGGCGGCGAGGAACUAUGGCUUGAGGUUGAUCAUUCCUUUGACCGACAACUAUGCGUACUACCAAGGCGGCAAAUACGACUUCAUCGGCUGGGCCGGAGCCGACACGAGCGACGGCAGCCAAUUCUACACCAACAGCGCCGUGAUCGAGCUCUUCAAGGGCUACAUCAAGGUGCUGCUGACGCACGUUAAUCAGUAUACUGGGGUCGCGCUCAAGGAUGACCCGACGAUUCUUGCUUGGGAGACUGGCAACGAACUCGGCGGCUACAUGCUCGGCGGCGGCGCCCCUCCCGCCUCGUGGACCAAAUCCAUCGCGACCUACAUCAAGUCCCUCGCGCCGAAUCACCUCGUCGCAGACGGCUCGGACGGACUGACGAACUAUAACGGCGAUUUGGCGAAUACGGGUGUCGGGGUUUCCAAGGUUGAUCUUGUGACCGACCACUUCUACCCAGCGCUUCAGUGGCUGCUCGAGAAGGACCAAGGCUGGAUGAAGUCGAUCUCGAAGAACUUCUUCGUCGGCGAGAACGACUGGACUGGUCAGAAGGGAGGCAGCGACCUGAACACCUUUUACGCGACUAUCGAGAGCUGGGACGGGUCCGGGUCGAUGAUGUGGUCCAUCUUCGGUCACGACGACUACUGCUGCAACUACGUCAACCACAACGACGGCUACACUCUGAUGUACCCGAACGGCAAUACACAGGCGCUCCGGACGCAAGCCUGGUACCUCAUGCAGCACUGGUACCGCAUGCGCGGCCUCACACCUCCCGCAGCCCUUCCCGCCGUCGCCUGCCCACAGCCGGAGCUCCUUCCCUGA